AUGAAGGUCGCUGCAUACGCCCUGGCUCUUGCAGCCUCGCUCUCAGGCGCAAAUGCGUACUGGUCAGGCUUUAAUGCCCUAGCAAAACGCGCUGAUGGGCAAUGUAAGACCCAGGCCGAUUGGGAACAAGAUUUCAGGGCGAUGAAGAGCCUCCCAGGUGGCUUCACCAGCCUGCGCGUGUAUGCUUCUUCCGACUGCAACACCCUCACAAACGCCGUCCCUGCGGCCAUAGCCACCGGUGGACAUAUUCUUGUUGGCGUCUGGACUCAGGACGAUAACCACUUCAAUGCAGAGAAACAAGCGCUUCUAGCUGCGGUGCAGCAACAUGGUUUUGGGUGGGUUGUCGCGGUCAGUGUGGGCAGCGAGGACUUGUACAGAAAGGAGACACCAGCGUGGAGACUAGCAGAGCAGAUUCACGAUGUCCGUGGUAUGCUCUCCACUGUGCUUGGAUAUACCACAGAUGUACAAGUAGGACACGUGGAUACUUGGACAGCGUGGGUGGAUGGCGCGAAUACAGCGGUCAUUCAAGCCUGCGAUUUCGUGGGGACCGACGGAUAUCCCUAUUUCCAGAAUAAGGAGCCAAACAGCAUCGACGUGGCAUCCAACCUGUUUUGGAACUCGGUCAAGAAAACGAGGGAUGUUGUGAACAGUGUAAAGCCGGGCACAUGGGUCUGGGUUACGGAGACAGGAUGGCCUAGUUCAGGGCCUGUCGAGAACCAGGCCACUCCAAGUGUGGAUAAUGCUCAGCGAUAUUGGAAAGAAGUUGCAUGCUCCGCUUUUAGCUCCGCACAUACCUUCUGGUACUCGCUCCAGGACUUCAAUGCUAGUCCUUCCUUUGGUGUCCUUGAUGUCAAUUUCAACCCGGUUUACAAUUUGGCUUGUUAG